GUUACUUCGUCAUAUCCGGUACGAGCGUCACACUUCCUGUCUUCUUCCUUUCGUGUUACCUUAGCACAACAACAAUGGCGUCCUGUAGCGCGGCUACAGCCACCGAGGAGCAACCGGCUGAAACUCUGCCGUCCCAGAAGAGAGAAGACAGACUGCGGAAGUUUCGAGAGCUACACUUCAAACGGAAUGAAGCACGUAAGCUCAAUCACCAGGAGGUCGUGGAGGAGGAUAAAAGACUGAAACUCCCCUCGAACUGGGAGGCUAAGAAGGCCAGACUGGAGUGGGAACUCGCUAAAGAUGAAGAGAAAAAGGAAUGUGCUGCCAGAGGGGAAGACUAUGACAGAGUCAAACUGCUGGAAAUCACGGCUGACGACGCAGAGCGCUGGGAGAGGAAGAAAAAGAAGAAGAACCCAGACACGGGAUUUGCAGGUUAUGCCGAGGCCCAAUUCCGACAGUACCAGAGGCUCACCAAGCAAAUCAGACCAGACUUGGAAGGCUAUGAGAAGCAGAGGGAGGAAUGUGGCGAGGACUUCCACCCCACGUCCAAUAGCCUGAUUCACGGCACCCAUGUUCCCACAAAAGACGGCAUUGACCGCAUGGUGGAAGAUGUUGAAAAACAGAUCGAGAAGCGGGCCAAGUACAGCCGACGCAGGGCCUACAACGACGACGCGGACAUCGACUACAUUAACGAGAGGAACGCCAAGUUCAACAAGAAGGCGGAACGUUUCUACGGCAAAUACACGGCGGAGAUCAAACAAAACUUGGAGAGAGGCACAGCUGUGUAGCGGCUCCAGUCACCUCAGUGGACUUGUUCACUGCUUCAAUUUCGAAAAAUCUUGGAUGCAUCUUUUUCUUCUCAGUACUUGCUGCAUACCAAGAAUACAUUUAUUAAAAACUCUGUAUUGUAAAGCUGUUUUUUAUUUUUUAUCUUGCUGACAUCAUUUUGGACAGAAAUAAUUUUCUGUAGGAUGUGUGGUGUUUCUCUGUACAGUAUUAGAAGUGAAUACACUGUUCUGAUUAUUCUUACCCUUUAUUUUUAAAUAAACCACUUCUAAUUAUCCAUU